UCUUCGAAUUUUUCUCAUAGUUUCAGAGAAUCGACAAAAUGUUCUUCUCUCACCAGCUUCUGGCUCGCAAAGCUUCUAUGGGACAAAUAUGGUUGGCUGCGACUAUGAACGCGAAAAUGAAUCGAAAGAAGCUCGACAAGCUUAACAUCAUCCAUAUCUGUGAAGAGAUUUUGAAUCCACCAGUUCCUCUGGCUUUGAGACUCUCUGGAAUUCUCAUGGGUGGAGUUGUGAUUGUGUACGAAAAAAAAGUGAAACUCCUUUAUGACGAUGUUAAUCGACUCCUGGUUGAAAUGAACGAAGCAUGGAAGGUAAAAGCAGUUGCAGAUCCAACGGUACUCCCCAAAGGAAAAUCACAAGCCAAAAAAAAAUCUAUUACGUUGCCUGAAAAUCGAGAGACAGAUUUUGAGGAUAUUGAGCCUUCGCUUAAUUGCUCAAACGCUGAGAUGGGGUUCCAACAAACAACCUACUGUGCGAUGCGGCUAGAUAGCCUGGAUGAAACUUAUGUUCACAGCAAUCUUGGAGAGAAGGAUCCAUUGCAAAAUUUCCACCAAGCCGAUGUUGAUAAUAUCACCUUGUUUGAGCGUUUGGAUUGCUACCAGGCUAACAACAACAUGUUUGAUCGGUUUGAAAGAUUUGACAUUGACGAGGACAUGGAGACACAGCUAAAUUUUGUUUCAGCGGAGCACACGCAAAUGGCAUCAACUUUUACACCUUCUCCACCCCCUCAAGAUGAGCCUCAAAGAGGUCAGCAGCCUGCUGAUGAAAUCCAUGACCAGCAUCCAGAACACCAAGUCAAUCAACAAUCUGAUGAAAACAAAGAAGGGAGACAGGGUCAACAGAGGCAAGGGCCAUUAAGAAGGAAAAUGAAAAUUCCAGCAGCCUGUAUAAUGGAUUACGAGCAAACAAUUAUUCCUGGUGACAUGUACCAAUCCUGGCUUCAAGAUACUUCAAAUCUUUGUGGAAGAAAAAGAAGAAAGAGGAAGGCAAGAGAUGAUAUCUUGUCUAAAAUGAAGAUUGCUAACCUUAUGGAGUUGCCACCUGCAGUGUUAACGGAUAAUUUAUUCAUUAAAGGAAAUGAAGCAAUCCCCUAUCCAGCUCCUCUUCUUGAGCUAUGGAGGAAAAGUACUCAGCCGCUUCAUGAUUCACCAUCUAAGAAGAGCUCACCACCUCAACCCCAAAAUCCAUCAUCAUCAUUAUCGCCACCGCAACGCCCAAUACCAUCAUCAUCAUCAAUGCCACCACAAGAGAGAGUACAACCUCAAAUACCAGCAGGAUUUCCCUUUGAAGAUAUUCAUAGUGCAGUUGGCUCUCAGUCACUAGGUGGUUCCAUAGAAAGAACACGGGGAAUAUUUUUUAACCAAGACCAACCAACAGAAGACAUUAUUGAAGAAAUGACAGCCAACUUUCUGAACAGGGGUUUAAAGGACAACGAGACCAAUGUGAUGGUCACACCUGAAAAUUCUGUAGCAUAUAUGUCCUUUGGGAGCUCAGAAUCUGGACAUAGUAACCAAGAAGUCAAUCCAAGCAGAUCCAACCAGAGAAGGCAUUGUUCUUCAUCUAGACAAAGUGGCAAUGGCCUUGAACCUAUUCAAGAGGAAAAACCAUUUGAGUAUCCCGAACCAGAUUUCAAUUUAUCAAGGCUAGCAGAAAAUGUUUCUACACCUGAACCAGAAUUGUUGGUGGAAACUGGACCAACACAAACUCAGCUUCCUGUUAUCAAUCCUGCCCUUGACAAGAUUACUGAUGCUAUUCGAAUGCAUAUAAAAACACAUUUUGAUGCACCAGGAGCCUCUAAUGAAGAAUCAUUGAAUGCACUAGCUGCUGGACUGAACCGAAAAGGAGCUGCUAUGCUCUUUUAUCAGACAUGCGUCCUUGCCACUCAUGGUUACCUAAAAGUUGAGCAAAAGGAGCCUUAUGGUGAUAUUUCCAUUUCAAAAGGAGCAAAGAUGUAGAUAAUUCUACCGACACAAGGUAAUCUUGGAUUUGAGUUUGAGUAAUCCAAAAUUCACUCAAAAGCAAAGAGGACCCCCAGUCUCAUACGUUAUCAAAGGCCAAUGGUAGGAAGCAGGAAAAAGCGAUGGUAUUAGGACUACCAGAGUCUACAUACAUGGGUAACUUUUUUAAUUUUGUUUUUUUCCCUUCUGCUCUUUGAUUGAUUGAUAUUGAUUUUUGUUAGGUAUUGAUUUAAGUCGAAUGAAUAGCCCAAACCAUAGAAAGAGACUAGGUUUAGGUCAAGCCGAAAAGAUUUAACUCCAUGUAAUGCUUGUUUUGCUGACCAAAAUCAUGUUUGGCUGACAUGUCAAUGUUAUCGGUAUAGAGAUAUAUAUCACUUCAUAUUCUUCGUGAUAUAUCAUUUGAAUUAAAAAAAAAAAAAGAACACAUUUUCUGCU